AUGGAGGACCCUGGUCCUGGUGCGCGAAUACUUCAGCUGGCAGAAGAGCUGAACAAGUAUUGCCGAGAAGGGACUAAGGGUCCUGCGCGGACUGCUGAAGAGGGUUUUGCAAUCUGCCGUGCGGAAUUGCGGACUAUGUUAACCCAAAGCUCGACCUCACAAAGUUCAAGUAUCAGCGCAGGGGCGCUGCGCGGACUUAACGACAUUCUUUAUGCCGAGCUAGAGCAAAUGUGGGACACUCAGUUGCCGAACGUAUUGGAGCAGACGACACAGCCCAAGCUACGGUCCAUCAUCUCGACAGCAGUUGAGGCAAACUGCUGGCUGCUAGUCGCAGGAGGUGCAGAUGGUGGGCAUGUGCUGCUUGAGGAGGUGUCCAAGACUCUCGAGAAGCAACCGAUCAUCAUCGUGAUCGAUGCGCCGAAGCGCGAUCGGUACACCAGCACGAAGUUCUAUGCCAAGAUUCCGGGAAUGGACUCGAAUCCUGAGGUCCAAUCAAAAGUCGAGGCUGCUCUGAGGGAGGGCCAAGCCAUGACUGCGGACCUCGAGAAGAACUGCUGCGGACUGGGCGAGCAAUGUCCGCCUCAUGUGCAUCUGAGAACUGCCUUCUGGGAUGAGGAUGGCUUGAAAAAGGGUUGGGAAGCCACUUCUAAGAACAGCGCGGGAGCUGAAACAGUUAGCUGGACGCAGUGGCUGUUUCGGGGAGGCACACACUAUAUCCUGACCGAGUCCCCGCAGUUUUGGGAGUUGGACUUUGGCUCGCAGGCCAUCAUCGGCUCCAUCGUCAUAGGCGGAGGGCGUGGAACACUGAAUUCCAUCCUGGACAUGAUCCGUAAGGGGACCCCGCUCAUCGUGCUGGCGGACACGGGGCGAGUUUGCCAGAGAUUCGCCCACAUCCACGAAACGGCACUUCGCCUGGCCUGGCCAGAUCACCUUGAAUGCCAGAGCGAUGUCGCCACAGGCAAGCCCGGAAACCUUCGCAGGAACGGGCGCCGGCCAUCAGACGUGAACAGGCAACUCAGGUCUGAUGUGCUCGCCAGAAAGUGCCCUACUGAGAAGCCUCUGCCCUCGGAUUUCCGAGAACAACUGGAAAUCGAGUUGCAGAAACUGAGUGCCAGUACGGACACGGACACGUGGACACCAGGUGAUUUGGGACAACUUGCGAAGCUUUAUACAGACCGGUGGCAUCAAAUCGUGCAGCGUUGUGUCGUGCUCAGCCCGUUGGACAGCGCCAACAGAUAUCGCAUGCAGGAUGACGUCGCGAUGUGCAUAGGCAAUGCGAUGUUCCUUCCUAGCAACGAGCUGGAGGAGACGGUUGACCAAGAAACGGUGGACCAGGCUUGGUCGGAUCACGACCACCUGACAGCCCUGGCCAAAUCUCAGAAGUGGUAUGCCGAUCGCUUGGCCCUGCUCUUGGUUCUUCUGACGCUGGCUUCCCAGAUAGUGGCUCUGAUGACAACGCAAAACGACAAGCAGAGCCAGCUGGCGCAAAGUCUCGUCGCCCAGCUGCGGAAUGUUACAGAUUCAGAAGUUCAGGAGAUCUUGAGCGGAGAGAUCCUGUACACGCUUCCGCCCAUAGUUGUCCCAUGGCUGUUGCCGGUGCUUGCUGGACUUGGCUCGCUUCUGACGGCUAUGACGCUGCGCUUCGAGUGGUUCCAAAGGUGGGGAAGACUUGCAGGAGCAGCGGCGCAACUGAAGUCUCACAUCUUUCAGUUCCGCGCGCAUGUGGGAAUCUACAGGCUGAGAGGCCGACUGCACGACGAGGACUUGCUGGAUGAGGUGACGCCACCACAAGGGAACCCGGAGGCUCAUGCGCGCCAUCUGUUUGUGCAGCGGUGCGAAGAGAUCGUGCGUGGAGUGGGUUCACUGGGCCUUCCUGGACAGCACUUCAGCACCCCGCCUUUUCUGAGGAAGCAUGUGAGGCGACUCUGGCGGGGCUGUUGCUGCCUCUGCCCAGAUUCAGACAUCGAGUCGCAACGGGCUCGACCGUCUCAGAGUCGGAUCCAACCAGCGCAGUCCGAGGACUCGGAGAAGAAGAGGAGGCAGAGUGCAGAGAAGUCCCGGCCUGCGAAGCAGGAUUCUUCCAUGAAGCCCAAAGCCAAGCCGGACACGGAGACCGGUGCAACGUGGUGUUUUGGCCUUGGAAAGGUCCCAGAAGCUAAGGCGAGAGAUUCCGCUGAGCACACAGAGAGACGAAGCGAGUGCCUCUCUGUCGAUGACUAUGUGAAGCUUCGCUUAGAGCCAUGUCUUCAAGAAAUGGAGGAGGAUGUGGCAAAUUUGACCUUCGUCGUCAAAAUGAUGGACUUCCUCAACAUCACUGGAGGUGUCACUGCUACAACCCUGGCCACUUUCGGGUACCCCUUCUGGACUGCAGUUCUGGUAGCAGUGGAGGUGGCGCUCCAGGCAUGUCGGAAGCACUUCUCCUGGACAGCCCGGCUCAAUGCGGCCAUCGCAGCAGUGGAGGAGCUGAAGUGCAGAUGCCUGGACUGGAAGUCCAAGGGCCCACUUCCCAAAAGGCUGCCACGGAUUCUGCAGCGGAUUGUGAUGAGCACGGAGCACGCGUACCUCCAGAAGGUCAGUGCGGCUGCGGCGGGCAGCUCCGUGGUGCAGCAGAAAUCUGCACGCACGCAGGACGUCUAA